UUCUUUUAAAGACAGGGUUUCUCUGUAGCUUUGGAGCCUGUCCUGGAACUCGCUCUGUAGACCAGACUGGCCUUGAACUCACAGAGAUCCGCCUGCCUCUGCCUCCCAAGUGCUGGGAUCAAAGACGUACAUCCACCACUGCCCUACUUGUCUUGAUUUUUGAAGCAGGGCUUCUAUAGCCCAGGCUGACCUUGAAUGCUUAAUCCUUCAGCCUCAGCCUCCUGAAUCCUGAAAUUAUGUGCAAGUACCCCAGUACCCAGCAGCCUCCACCCCGUCACCCUGAAAAAAGACAACUCUUAAGGAGCCAAACUGUUUAUGGAAGCUAAUGAGCCCCACCAUGAGUUUGUGUGGUCGUUACUGCUGGCCUGAAUGAUUAGUUCACAAUACAACUCUGAAGCGGGGAGCUAGAAACAAAAGAUAUUUUGUGAUUUGAAAGCUGUUUGCAUAUUUCAAAAAGUUAGGACUGGCCUUCCAGUCUUGGGUUCUUUAUUAAACAGUGUUGCAGUGGUCACAUUCCUGCAGUGACCCAAUGGGGUGACACAUAAAGCAUUCCUGAAGACUCAGAACACUCAGGAAGAGUUCUGUGGUAAGCCAGUCUGAUGAUGUCUCCUUCCUACCGGAUGCUGCAGAGUCCCUGCUACACAGGUGUGCAGUGCCCCUCUCUGUGGAGAGAGAACCCCUCCUCUGUCUCAGGUUGUUUGGCCCUCACAGAGGCUGCAGGACUACUCUGGUAGAAAGCUCACUCUGAGGCGCACCAAGUGAGUGACAGCUGUACAGACUUCCGCACCUUGCAGCCUGCCCAGCUGCGGGCAGUCCAGGAAUAGAGUUGGAAGAACAUGCUGGAAGGAUGCUGGCAAAUCAAUGGCUUCUCUGUGCUGUGGAAGGAACUGGAUGAUGUAACCAGCUCUGCAGGAAGACGCACAUGGUUUUACACUGAGCAAGAGCUCUCAGACCCUGUGUUAGUUCAGAGUCACUUGAGGAAAAAUAAUGUGACGGUUGUCAUCAGAAAGGCUUUUCUGAAGUGGGGAAUACCCGUGAAGAAGAUCGCCUCUCCCCGUCUGCGAAGUGGACUUUCUUAGACUCCAAAAUGCCAGCCAAGACCCCAAUUUACCUGAAAGCAGCGAACAACAAAAAGGGAAAGAAAUUUAAACUGAGGGACAUCCUGUCCCCUGAUAUGAUCAGUCCUCCCUUGGGGGACUUCCGUCACACCAUCCACAUCGGCAAAGAGGGCCAGCAUGAUGUCUUUGGAGAUAUUUCCUUCCUUCAAGGGAACUAUGAGCUCUUGCCUGGAAACCAAGAAAAAGCACACUCCGGCCAGUUCCCUGGUCAUGACUUCUUCCGGGCCAACAGUACCUCAGACUCAAUGUUCACAGAAACGCCCUCCCCAGUGCUCAAAAAUGCCAUCUCUCUGCCGACCAUCGGAGGAUCCCAGGCUCUCAUGCUGCCCUUAUUGUCACCAGUGACAUUUAACUCCAAGCAGGAGUCCUUUGGGCGUCCUAAGUUGCCAAGGCUCAGCUGUGAGCCUGUCAUGGAAGAGAAAGUUCAGGAGAAAAGUAGUCUGUUGGACAACGGGACAGUCCACCAGGCAGACACCUCGUGGGGCUCCAGUGGAUCUGCGUCUCAGUCCAGCCAGGGCAGGGACAGCCACUCCUCCAGCCUGUCUGAACAGUACUCCGACUGGCCCGCGGAGGACAUGUUUGAGCAUCCUGCCUCCUGCGAGCUCAUGAAGUCCAAGACUAAAUCAGAGGACUCCCUCUCUGACCUGACAGGCUCCCUACUCUCGCUGCAGCUGGAUCUGGGGCCCUCACUUUUGGAUGAGGUCCUGAAUGUCAUGGAUAAAAAUAAGUAACCUGGAGUCAGCUCUUUUCCUUUGGAGUAAGAGGUACCAAAAUAAACAGAAAACAAAAAACUCAGCUAACCACAACUGAUGGAAAGAGUUGCCUGGCUGGGUUUUUGCAGCCGCGUGAUGCAUUUUCUAAAAUAACGUUCCUGUUCCUACGAAAUAUUUUUUUAACCGCCUUGCCCUGUUUGCAAAAACAAUUUUCAAAACAAUAAUUUUAAAAAUUAAAAAAAAAAAAAAACCUGUCCUGGCAAAAAGAGAGAGGAAGUGAGUCAGAGCUCACUUUGAGCGGGCAUUGCUGAUGCUCGGCUCAAUUUUGUUUGCAGGCACGCGGAAACCCGAGCUGUUUGAAAGGGCUGGGCCAUGGGUCUCUCCAAGGCGCUCUACAGCAUGUUGUGAGAAGGAAAUCAAAACUCGCUUCACACCUAAGCCUUCUUUUUUCCUAGACUCUUUUGUAUAUUGUAUUCUUUGGACUCACCAUAGCAAAUUCCCCAGUGUUAAGAUUUUACUGUUUUCAUAUUCAAACAACCUUAAGGGACCGGGGUUUUUUCCUUGUGGUUCUUAUAUACCCCUGUAUAUUAUUUCCAUGUUCCAGAAGUUUGACUGUCAGCUACAUGUUGGUAAAAACAAACAAGGUGUUACUGUAACUAAGUUAUUUUUAAAGUUGAAAUAUAUUUUUAUGUGCCUUUGGCUUUUUA